UCUCCCUCAGAGCACAGAACGGUAUAGGAAGAACUUUCAAGAAAACCUCAAGAUUAACACUCUUUUUUUCAGUUUGUCAAGUGGAAUGGACAACGUCUCCUCCUUCUCCUUGUUCUCUCUCACAGCUCUAAACGACACCAGCAGGUCCAGCAGGAUCACUAUAUUCUCUUUUGCCCUCCCAGGCUAUUUUCUGACCAUUUUUGUCAACGCAGUCUUGAUUUUCAUAAUUGUUCUGGAGAAAGUUCUCCACCAGCCUAUGUACAUUUUUUUGUGCAAUUUAUGUAUAAAUGGAUUAUACGGAGCCACAGGAUUUUAUCCAUCCCUACUGUAUUAUUUACUUAACAAACACAAUGUAAUUUCUCUGGAACAAUGUGCCAUCCAAAGUUUUGCCAUUUUCACCUAUGCAAUAGGUGAGUUUACUAAUUUGAGCGUAAUGGCAUUCGAUAGGUAUUUAGCAAUCUGCAGACCGCUAUACUACCAUACUGUCAUGACAACUAUGACUGUUUGGAGGCUGCUGACUUUCAUAUGGAUGUUUCCCUGCUGCACUGCAAUACUGAUCAUACUGAUGACGCUCAGGUUUCCGAUUUGCAUGAAUCAGAUAAACAAACUGUACUGUGAAACCUGGGUCUUGGAGAGACUUGCCUGCAGGGUGGACACUGCUCAGUAUGUGAUCAAUGGUAUUUUAACGUGUGCUGUGAAUGCUCUGGUAUGGUUUGUGUUUUUAUCAUAUAUAAAAAUACUGAUCUCUUGUAAACACUCUGUUCAAAACCACAAGAAGUUCAUAACCACAUGUCUACCACAUUUGGUAGCCUUUUUGAAUUAUGUGGUGUGGUCACUUUUUAAUGCCCUAUAUGAGCUGUUUGGAACUAGCAAUCUGCCUCAGGGUUUUAAAAACUUUUUGUCAGUUUCCUUUGUGAUUGUUCCACCUCUGCUCAAUCCUAUAAUAUAUGGAAUUGUUCUAACUCCUAUUAGGACCAAAGUAAAGUAUGUAUUCCAAAGCUUAAGAUCAAAACAUACUGACUGAGCAUUGCUUACUGAAUCAUUACACAACAGACCUGGAAAUAUAACAUUGCUUGCAAGUGUGGGCUGCGUGCUCCCUGAUGAUUCAUGACUGUUAUGAUAAAUGUCAAAAUAAAAACCAUGAGCUUGUGGUAAAACUGUAUGAUAUUAAAUAUACAAUAAAUACAAUAUGAAUAUCAGUUAAAAAAGAUUGCAAUGCAACUCAUUUAAUCAUUAAAACACUGAUCCACUUGUCCUUCCCUAGAAAAGAUAAUUAAUCAAAUUAAUUAUCUGUAUUCACUUAUGGAAUAUUUUAUAUAAAUAUAAAGAGUGAUUUCUAAUUUCUGCAUUCACGUCUGCCACCAUGGCAAGUUUAACUACUUUAUCAAUUUGUAAAUGACUAAA